UUCAGGAGGCUGAAUCUCAAGAGACGAGUGUAGUGCUAAAACUCCGAGAGGAAGGAAAUUGACGGCAUGCUUAACUUGAGACGAGGUCGAGUACCAAACAGAAACAUGGUAUUUGUUCGUUUAGAAGAGGAAGACAGCGAUGCUGCAUUGCCGCUGCUCUUUCCAGCAUUUUGGUCCUGCACAGCUGCACUGGUUCGUGUUUGCAACUCGGGUCGCCGCACGAGGGAAAGACAGAUUCUUGGGGUCCAGCGAGCGGCUGCAUGCAACGAAGCGAGCCUGUGUACCACCGGAGGAGAUAUUGAUGCGCCAAUAAUAUGAUGACCCCAGAGGAGGCACCGGUGCUUGUUGGAAUGCGGCGAGAAAAGAAAACUAGCCGGGUCCUCGUCCUGCAUACGUUCCUGUGCUAUCUCGCGGAAAAACGCACCCACUUCACCAGACGAGUUGUCACGCAAGGCUUGCCCAAAAUGAAUUCGAAUUGAAUUUGAAUGUGUCCCAUGCGCACCCCUACGCGAGAUAUUGUAAAUGUAAACUCGUCAACAUGCUCAUCUGCUAUUUUUGUUUUGAAUUCUAUUUUUUAUUCGGAACUUUUCGACACCAUCGUGCGUGAGUGCUAAAAAUUGGUAAAACGAAGUGCUUCAGUUUUUCUUUUCCCUAAAUCGUGGGCACGCAAACGAAACCCGAUUGUGUGAGGGCCGAUCGUAUCAUGUACACGAAGAUGAAUGCUUAUCUUCCCGAGCCCGAGAUUGUUCGUAAUAAAUUCUCUUCUUAGAGUUUGUGUUUGCACUUUGAUGAUGACGUUAACCUUGGGGUGGGUACGUUUUCACUCAGGAUAUGAACCUGCUAGGGUUCUUUAAGUGUCGCACAGUACUAGCUGCAGGCGCUUUAUUCUUGCAAGCUAGGCCUGGACUUCACGCGAGCUCGAGCCCCAUGCUGGUUGGACUUUUUAUUUUUGCGAGCCCAGUACUAGCGUCGUCCUCGUCGAAGACUGCGCGACAGGAAGAUCGACAAGAUGACGGAACGCCAACUGAAACUGGAUUCGGCGCUGACGGCAGUUUGUUUCAUCCUGUCGCCGGCGCAGCUAUGACCUCGCACACUGCAGAGCAGCAGGCGGGUCAGGAACGAGAAAGGAUGAAGAUCGCGCUGGCGCCGCUGGGAAUAAAUAACCCACGGCUUGGGGGGGAUGCACCGGGACAGGACGAGAGCCACGGGUCGUUCGCCUUUGCCUCCGCGACCACGUCUGACCCGGAUUCCCCAUUGCCGUUUGCAGCGUUAUCAUCGCGACGUCCAGCUGCAGUGCGACCUUCUAGAUGGACGAGUGAAGAAGUGCACGUAGACCUCCAACGCUCGACUAGAAGCGGAGCCAAUAUCGAAAUCUUGGGUCGCGGGAGUGGUGUUGCAGCUUCCGAAACGAGAAGCGAAAUCGCAACUGCUGCCUUGGAAACUUCUACUCCACUUGAACGCCGGACUCCACCAGGCGGAGGUGCCUACCAGCAUAGAAGAGACGCGGAUACCAAACUUGUUGCCUCCAGUGUCCUGCAGAAGCGGGCGGCUGGCGAGCCGGACCACAACGCUGUUGGGUGGUCUUCGAAAGCUUUCUGUCCCGGGUCUCCAGCCAAGCCAAACUAUGAAUUGCAAAAAUGUCUGGGUCUGGAAGAAUGCAACUUGUUCGCUGCAUUUGGAUGUCUGAAAAAUUUGUGCUGCAUGAGCAGCAAAAGGAUUGUAAAUUCUGCUACGCGGAGAGGGCAUUUCUUAUGCGGAAUUCGCCCCAGAAAGCCCUCGAAAGAUCUGUGAUCAUGCUAGGGCAUGCAUUACAGGCAUUAUGGGUCAUGCAAAUAUGCAUGACAAACCUGGCACUCUUCCAGACCCAGACAUUUUUGCACUUGAUACAAACAGGGCCAUGUCUACGCUUCAGGUGGUCAUCAAAGACCAGGAGUGCGAGAUAUGCAACGCAAGAGCAUCGCACUAGUACAAACUUCAUGAAGUGCGACAAUGUUUAUUUUCGAAGAACACUGAAAAUAAAAUGUGUCGUGGUCGUCGGGCUUACGUACUAAGGCCUUCGAACGUGCUGGUGCAAGCGCUUUACUAGCACUAGUAGAAAAUCAAACUAAAAAGUAGUGUAGUGCUGUACUGAGUAGGCCAGAAAAGAUAAUGAAAAAAGCCUUCAUCUUCAAGGGACGACGACGACCUGGUUUUGGGUCUCGAUGUCAUGCGGAUUCAGACAUGACGAGGGAGAGAGUGAGACUUCUAGAUGAUCUUGUUGAUCUGUCAUACGUCAUGCCUGCAAUUACUAUGAGUGCGAUUUUUUGCACUGGACACUAGACAGUUAUAUCCGAAAUAACUGCCCGCGUGGAAGGAAAGAACGACUGGAAGGAUCCGCACGGUGAUGGUGGAACGUACAGCCUUUAUUCGGCCAAAGGUGGAGGCGCCGCAGAGGGGGAAGAGGAGGCGGAAGAAGGAAAAGCCGCGGAAAAUAAAGUCGGUGCCGAGAACAAAGAGGAUACAGCGGCUUCGUCUUCUUCGUUUGCAGAAAUAACAGAGGAGAUCGAGAAAGCAACCGUCAAAUUUCAGCGCACGGGAACGGGUGGUACAUCAGUGUCUGUGUCGUGUGUGUUGUCAUUUGUAAUUCGUAUUUUUCGAUGAGAGGUCUAUCACUGCUGAUGAAGAUGUCCUCUCCUCAAUCUGAACCUGAAGACCAAAAGACUCUGUUGGAUCGAUUUUGUUUUCUUGGGUCAACACCAGGCUCCGACAAGAAGCUCAUCGACUUGGGACGAUUCUACAUGGAAAAGUCUGGAAAAGAUUGCGUUGCGUUUGGAUGCAGUGAGACACAGACCGAAUCUAAGGAGGACCAGGGAACAAACUUCUGUAACCUGCACAAUCUUGUAUGCGGAAGUAAGGACGGUUGUAAGGUAAAUAUAGUGGGACAUAAUCAUCGAGUGGUUAAAAAUGUUUUAUCGCAGUGCUACUACAUGUUUCGAUUUGCUUUUCCAAAGGAUUAUUUCAUCUUCAACGUUCAAUCAUACAAAGGCUGAACCGCACUCGCACAGAUAUUGAGUACAUGCACACUUAAAUCCUAGGUCGGCGGCUCAGAUUUCGAUAUCGUGGAGACCGUUAUUGAGUACGCUGCCCCCAACGUCGCAGACCCCGCAGUUUGUGUUGGGAAAGCAGCUGGCUCCAUGCAAAAACCCAAAGGGCCGGUUGUCGUGCGAGACACGGGCGGCAAGGGUUGGUCCGUCGAAGAAGAAAACGUGGCUAAAACCGACGCAGAAAAGGAAGAAGAGAAGCCAUGGGGCUUCGCGGCUAUCGGUCUCUUCAUUCUGCUCGGCCUCGCCUAUGCGGGCAUACGAAUCGCCAUGAUUCUCUACGUGUUUGGUUUCGAUUUCGACGCAAUUUUUGGCGGCGAUAGGGGAGCUGUAUCUAUCAUUUUCCGUGCAAGACAUCACUGCGCGACACUCUGACGACGUUAAUUGAUUUUGGCUUUCCUCGUCUUCAUCGUUCGACGUCACAGUCAUUCACUGUUAGUGAGAUUCAAAGAUAAACAACUCUGGUACCGCUCCGCCGAAGCUUCGGUGAUCCUGAUCGUGCUCAAAUUAUUGAAGUAUUCAAAGCGAUGCAAGUAUUGAAGAUUCAUAUUCUGAAUAUCCAGCAGAAGACACUGAUUGCUCCUAUCGCCAUUAUGUGUUAGUUGCAGCUACUUACAUACCUACUUCAGGUGGUUGUGUAUUCCCCCGUGGAGGGUUCGGGUGUCCGCCUGGUUUUCCUGAAACAGCCAGGCGAAGCAGUCGAAAAAGGUGAUGUCAUCGCGCAGAUGGUGCAGAAACCAAAGAAGCCCAACCCCCCACCACCAGAGCAAAAUCCCGAGGAAGCAGCGGACGGCAAUGAAGCCAAGCCCGCUACACCGGAGGAGGACAAACCGCCAGAAGAGGUGGACAACCAAGACGACGACGAGGGCGAAGAAAUCCGGACGGACUAUCAAAUGCAAAUAUUGAUUGUCUUGGUCCUCUGGAGGAAGGUCGCGAGAUCAUUUUUGUUCAUGCAGUUUUUAAUCUGAUAAUACCAAGCUCGAGGCAGGCGGGCGCAGGGCUCAGCAUGACAGGCUCUGCAGUCCCUUUGCAAUCGACGCAAUGCCCAUUGUGCAUGAGCGAUCCCCCCUGAUCAUGUGCAGAAAUGCUGGGUAUCUUUUGCAAGUCACUGAAGAUGCAACACAGAUUUUCUUUGCGUGACUCCCCUACACGAAUCACACGUUAUUUCCAAGCCCAGAUACUUUUGCGAUGCAUACGGACGUAACAGCGCCAAUAACGGGAACCAUGGGAAAGCUGCUCGUUGACGCCGACUCGGAGUAUCCACAGCAAAAUCCUCAUCCCCAUUCAAUCUGUAGUCAUGCAUCAAAAGGUCGAUGAAAAUGGGUCGUGAACGUGAAAGAGAAGUUUACUGUGGAUACGGAGAUGGAUGUGACUACGAGCACGGAGCUCUGCAAAAUCAUUCCACCACCGCCAGCUGAGUCCGCCGACCUGCUUGCGAGCAUUUCCGCAGAGGAGGCCACGGUGGAAUUUCAGAGGAGAAACGACGACGAAGUUGCGGAGGACGAAGUGAUUGCGAUUGUCACCGUCGUAAAGCAAGCCGUGAAACAGCAGACCGAAUCGGCAGAUGACGACAAGAACGAUGCUGAUGCAGGAGAUAGUGCCAAAAAAGCAGGCGGCGACGACGAUGCGAACGAAAACAAGGAGCAAGAAAAAGGCGAUGAUCCAGCUGGAGACGACGAGGACGACAGUGCCGGCACACGGCCAGAGGCGGGCGCGACCGUCGAAGUGAAAGCGCCAGCCGGAGGUAUUCUCCAGAUUGUUCUUCCAACAACCGACGGGGCGGCCGGGGAUGUAGCUGUUGACGGUGGAGUUGAAAAUGAUAAUGCAGGGGACGCGGAGAAUCCCAAAUCUCCGGACGACGAGAGCGACACAAGCAAAAUGAAGAAGCCGGUCGCGCAGGGAGUCCAACUCGUUGCCGGUGAAACGGUGCUGUGUCGGAUCCACCCACUUCCUCCACCCCCUCCCCCGCCGGAAGAAGAUCACGAGAAUCGAGACGACGAGGAUGCUGACAAGAACCCUGCUGAGGACGAUGAAGGAAAAGCCGGAGUAGAGGACGGCGACCUGUCCGGAGGACAAGAAGGUGCCCCUUCCUGACGCGAUGCGAAAUCGUAAGAAAAGAAGCAGAGCGCAAUUAUCGACGCCAGACUUUGUUGUACGAUUCAAAAUCUGCUCCAGGUGAAGAUCUUCUACAACAACUUGUUGAUUCGGCCGAAGUUGCGUCGGAACUGUAGGAUUUAUGACGAAACCAGAGGCCGACUGUGUCUUUAUCUUGCUCAAAUGAAAAAUGUGAAAAUCGCACAAGAAUAUAGCGAAUCGAUAUGCAGCAGCUACAUAAUGUAGAGUCUUGCAAACCUCAAUCCGCCCCACAACCGUGCAGCGGGCUAUCAGACGCAACGCAUUCUUCUGACGAUUUUCCUGUCGGACGCCCCAGGUCAUUGAUGGAAACCAUGGACGAUGGCGGCGCCAUACUGUUCUAAGUAGUUGUGUCUGGCCUGCUGCGUCGUUCUGAUAACACAUCGCACACACAGCAUGAUAAGGUGGAGGGGCAGGCAAGAUCGCGCUCAGAACUUCUGGUGGUGGAAUAUUAAAGCGGCUGGCUGGGGGGCGUGUCCAGCGAAGCAACCCGCUCCAGAAGUGUGCGCGUGUAAUCUACCUGAAGUCGCAAGCUUUUUUGCCGUGAGAGUCUCUUGAUUGUACUAGCUUUAGUUCUUCAACAUUUGCACUUGUAUGACAGAGGCGUCGACGACCUAUGCCUAGCGAAAAGAAAAAUACAGAUAAGUGGUCUAAGUGUGG